AGUCGGGUGAUUAAUGACAAGACAGCACAGCUCGACUCAUCACGGGAACAAUCCUCCUAGUACAUGAUCUCCUUCCUUUACAGUAACAGUAACAGUAAUUAUAUUACUGUAUAUAUUAUAUAACAGUUAUUCUUUCUUAGCCUCUGUUAUCAUCCGCCGCUGAGUGUUGUCGUCUGAUUGUUUGUCUAGUUUUAGUCUCGUUAGUCAGACUGUGGUUGGAACAUCUGCUGACACAGCGAACCUGAGAUGAGCUGAAGACACCAGGAAGGAGCUUCACUGCACACUGUGUCAGGUGAUGAGAGUUGAGAGGCUUUAGCUGAAAGUCCGAGGUAUCAUGGAGGAAGAAUGCAGGCCUCUGCUGAGCUCACAGCAGACUGGAGAGAGCUACUCCCACCGAGGCUCCACAGACUCACUGGACUUCAAGGCUAAAAGGCCUUUCUACGUCGAGCCCAGGAAUAUCGUAGGUGAUGACCUGAAGGAGAGAGUCUCUGCUGAGGCUUCCAUCCUCAACAGCAGAGUCCAUUACUACAGCAGACUGACGGGCUCUUCUGACAGACUGCUAAGUCCUCCAAACCAUGUGAUCCCCGGGCCGGAGGAGAUCUACAUCUACAGCCCACUGGGGACGGCUUUCAAGGUGACAGGCAGUGACCACACCUCUAAAAACCCCAGUAUCAUCACCAUAUUUGCCAUAUGGAACACAAUGAUGGGCACGUCUAUACUCAGCAUACCCUGGGGCAUAAAGCAGGCUGGUUUCACUCUGGGGAUCCUCAUCCUCAUCUUCACAGGCCUGCUGAUGCUCUACUGUUGUUACAUCGUCCUCAAAUCACCAAAGGCAAUACCCUACGUGGACACGGUCGACUGGGAAUUCCCCGAUGUCUGUAGGUACUACUUUGGCAAGUUUGGCCAGUGGUCCAGCUUGGUCUUCUCGAUGGUGUCACUUAUUGGAGCCAUGGUGGUUUACUGGGUCCUCAUGUCCAAUUUCCUCUACAACACCGGACAGUUUAUCUACAACUAUGCUCACAAUGUCAACAUCUCCGACUCAGAGUUUGGAACCAAUGGCUCAGAAAAAGUCAUCUGUCCGUACCCUAACACUGACCCUGGAGGGAACUACACCGUCACCACACUUUACCUUGUCAGCAGUGGAAAUACUACUUCUGAUGUGGGCUCUUUUGAACACUGGUGGAGCAAAACCAACACCGUCCCCCUCUACCUCAUCAUCCUGCUGCUGCCGCUGCUCUGCUUCCGCUCAGCCUCCUUCUUCGCGAGGUUCACCUUCUUGGGCACCAUAUCAGUGGUCUACCUGAUUGUGCUGGUCACUAUUAAAGCUGUCCGCCUCGGCUUCCACCUACAGUUCCACUGGUUCGACACAACCCAGUUCUACGUUCCAGAGUUCAGACUGCUCUUCCCUCAGUUCACUGGUGUCCUCACUCUGGCCUUCUUCAUUCACAACUGCAUCAUCACAUUAAUGAAGAGCAACAAGCACCAAGAGAACAAUGUGCGGGACCUGUCCGUGGCCUAUCUUCUAGUGGGGAUGACCUAUCUGUACGUGGGAGUGUUGAUCUUUGCUGCCUUUCCCUCACCACCUCUCUUCAAAGACUGCAUUGAACCAAACUUCUUAGACAACUUCCCCAGCAGUGACGUGAUGGUGUUUGUGGCUCGGACCUUCCUGUUGUUCCAGAUGAUCACGGUCUACCCCCUCCUGGGAUACCUGGUUCGGGUCCAGGUGAUGGGCCAGAUCUUUGGAAAUCAUUACCCCAGUUUCUUCCACGUUCUGGCACUGAACAUCUUAAUUGUUGGAUCUGGUGUCCUGAUGGCCAAGUUUUAUCCCAAUAUUGGAUCCAUCAUAAGGUUUUCCGGAGCAACAUGUGGCCUGGCUUUAGUGUUUGUCUUCCCUUCCUUAGUCCACAUGAUCUCCCAGAAAAGGCAGGGGCUGCUCCGCUGGCCGUCAGCCCUCUUCCACAGUUUCCUGAUCCUGCUGGGCAUGGCCAACCUGCUGGCUCAGUUCCUCAUGUAGAGAAGCAGUCAGAACACAGACACUCUGAACCAUUCUGGAGUAAGAUUAAAAAAGAUGUGAUGGAGAUUUCAGAUGGGAAUCUCUGAAAUUUAGAUACAAAAUAAUUGAGUGUAUUCCUGCACAGUGUGCAUUAUCCUACUUAUGUGUCAUGGCCACCAAAAUAAUACCCAGAUAAACCUCAGAAGCCUCCAGUCAGUCCGAUUUAAUGUCUGUUUCUGUGGUAUAAGAUAGAAUAUCACACACUUAAUAAAUCCCAACAAUAAAGAGUUAUUAUGAUAACGUCAAGAGACGUUUGAAAUAUGGGGUAAGUAUUGAGAGCGAUAACACUACCUGGUCUUAAAGAGGUCGUUUCUUUGCGCUUGUGUGCAAAAUCACAAAAGCUCAAAGAUUGUCCACGAUGGAAAAGGUUCGUCCUCUGCUGGUAGGCUAGUUGUUGAGAUAUCUUACUCUGGAUCAGUGUGUUUGAUGGACAGACUGACGGACUGACAUCACCAUCCUCAAGCUCACUAGCGGGGAUACAGGUUUUAUUACUUAAAGGGGAACGCCACCUAAAGGAAGAAUUCCAAUAUGUUAUGUUUAUGACCUUGGAAAGUUCAAUCAAUAUGUGUGAACAUGAGCUCCUCUCUCUCUCAAAGCCACAAACCAGAGAAGUACGUAAGUCCCCAGUCAUAGGGUAUAAGGUCUGGAGCUGCUCCAGAGACAACGAAUGGACCCACAGAAUGUUAGUUUUUCUUUCUCUUUAUUCUAUUGAGGUGUUCUCAGUAGUGAAACAGAAAAUGUUCCCAUAUAUUGAGAACGUUCCUCUGGGUGCUCUCAGUGUCAUCUAGAACAUCUCUCUUAUUCAUUGUCUAUGGAGCAACUCCACACUUUAUAUACCCUAUCACAUCACAAGUUGGAGUUUAGCACUCUAAUGGCGUUUUCACAUUAGGUACGAUUGAUCCGUACCGUGCCCGAGUACGAUUGCCCCCCCCCCUCCAUUCAGCUUUCACAUUAGUAAAGUUGUUCCAUACCUGAGUACACUUACAUCAUCAUCCACAUGUAUUUGUUUAUGUUGAGAUCAGCUGUUCUAGUGGAGGAGCAUCGUAAAACACUUCAUUCAAACUGGACAGAAACUAAAUAAAACUCACCACUACUGUCGUCGUUAGUCUUUCCAACAAUCACCAACUCUGGUUUGGUCUAAAUAAACUUUUAUUUCACCGAGUUAGAUGUGAAAAUAGGACGACUCUACACGUUGUCUCCCCCCACACCCUGUCUCUCUCUCUGCCCGCUGAGCGUCUCUCGUUCUUCACAGACAGACCAUUAAAUCAGCUAAAUAAAAUAACAAACAUCACUCAACCCCAUCGCCUAUUAUCUAUAUUUUAAGGAACCUCUCGCCGCCUUCCUGCUGUAUCAUCCACGGCCGUGCAGCUCAGAGGAUGAGUUCGCCGCAUGCUGCGCGCAGAUACAGACAUACUGUAGAUAUGAAACAGUUUUAUGUAUACAGAUUUCGGAGGAGACCGGCAGCGUUGAAAAAAAGCCUGCCCUUUCAAAACUACUCGCUAACUGCUAACGUUACUCACAUUAAAUAGCGCUCCUUUUCUGGGUUUUUGUACGGUUGGCUUUCACACCUGAUGUGAACCGUAACUGAGUACACAUGAUCCGUACUCCAGACCACCUUUUCAAGUGGACUCCGGUACGGAUCGACGAACAGUGCCCGAGUACGGUACGGAGCGUUCAUACUAAUCAACACAAUCGGAAUAGACAUCAAUCGAACUGGACUUUGGAGACAAGUGUACUCAGAUCCAGGCCCGGGUCCCUGAUGUGAAGCACCCUAGGAGAGAGCUGUUCAUAUUUACUAAUAUUUUUGGACUGUCCUAGACCAUAGGGUCUAUGACUUCUGUCAUGAAAAUGGAUGUAGUUCUCCUUUAAGCUAUUUUAUUAAAGGUCUGUUUUUAUGUAGAUUCAAGCAGCUCAAUCAAGCAUUAACUCUACAAUUUUCAGUCAACUGAAUAUAGUCAGUCUUUUUUUUAUAAUAACAAUGGAUCAAAUGACAACAUGAGGUGUCGUUCCUAGAGAUGAACCUACAGAGAAUUGUCAGCUGAAUGUGCAGCACCCUCUCAGCUUUACGGAGCUUUAUAGAAGGUUUCAACUCAUCGUUUAGCAGCAGGCAGCUGUUUUCAGAGAAGAAACUCUGAUAAACCCUCUGUACACUGCCUGCUCAGCCAGAGACUAUAGCUGGUGAACAUUGUGGAGCAUUUAGCAGCCAGAUAUUUUUCUUGGUAGAGAGCAAACACAGAGCUAAAAGAGAGUGAAUAUUGCAGAGACACCGCUCCAAAAGAAUGAUCAUGUUGCCCUGUAUCUGGGAUGUGGAGAUAAGGAAACUAUUUGCUAACAAGUUCAUAUCAACUUAAAAGGUGAUGAUGUCAGUGUUGUGUUCACAACUCGUUUGUCAUUGCAGGUUUAAAUUUGUUACACGGAAGGCUUUACAGCUGGAUUUUAUGAUCAAAUCGAGUUGUAUUGUUCUGACACCAGGGAAUCAUAUUACUGACUUUGUGAUUAUGUACAACUGUUUAUAUGUUUUGAGGACAGCCAUGUUGUGUGAAUAUUUUUUUGAAGAAACGUUUGUCAAAAUCUUUUAACUUUUAUGAGCAGUGUUGAUUUACAUGUUUACAUGAUGCCUAUAUAGAUACUGCAUCUAAUGUCUUGUGUUUUACUAAUGAUAGGAUUGAAAAAGGGAAAAUAAACCGUGUCGGUCUUACAAGAA